AUGUGAAACAGGGACAGCAGCAAAAUGAAACGAAAGUACGAAGAAGAAAAGUAAAAGAGAGACUUGUGCAGAAAAUAUAGAGAGAGAAGUCUUUAAUCCUUUCAUUUUGCUUCAUUUCUCCCCCUUUUCCUUCGCAGAUCUCACCUCACUUUCUUCAGUUUUCAAGAUUCAAUCCGUCCUUUUGAAUUCCUCUCCAAUUCUACUGCAAAACCCCUUGAAAAAAAAUCUACUCGGUUGACUCAUCGGAGACGAAGACGGCGAUGAUUAUAGCUGGAGUCAGAAAUCUUGACUCUGAUUUUCAAUAGUAGAAUCAAAACCGAAUAAUUUGGAGAUGAAUUGCUUUGAUCCGUAAAGGAGUUAAUAAAGGUGUGAUCUCGUUCCAAUGGAAGAGGCAGGUGCAAAAGUAGCUUCCCCAGUUGCCAUCCACCAAACACGGGCGCAGAGAUUUUGCAGUCCACAUCCAAUAGUUAAGAAACGUAGUGUGCCUUUUUAUUCUUCUGGCUACGUUACUCAGAACCCUCCUGAUAAUUGGAAUUCGAAGUCCUGGGAUUGGGAUAGUUCAAGGUUUAUUGCUAGACCGUUGCCCUGUGAAGGGAACCAAGUGGUAAGAGGGCCACAUGUGCCACUUGACUUGGCAAGGAACAAAGUAGUUCAGAAUAGUGCUUUGAAUCCCUCGGAGCAUAAUCAACUCGGAAAAGAUGAUGAAAAUCUUCUACUGAAGCUUGGAGGUGGAGAAAAACAAGCCGUGAGCAAUGGCAGCCAUGGUAGCAUGAAUUUAAUGGAAGAGACACAACCUGUGUCGAGGCCCAGCAAGAGAGUAAGGUCUGGAUCACCUGGUACUGCUAACCGUCCUAUGUGUCAAGUGGAUGAUUGCAAGGAAGAUCUCUCUACUGCCAAGGACUAUCACCGGCGACACAAGGUGUGUGAGGUGCACAGCAAAGCUGGUAAAGCUUUAGUGGGAAAACAGAUGCAAAGAUUUUGCCAACAGUGCAGUAGGUUCCACCCUCUUGCUGAAUUUGAUGAUGGGAAAAGAAGCUGUAGGCGCAGGCUUGCUGGACAUAAUCGAAGGAGGAGGAAAACUCAGCCUGAAGAUGCUACUCCACAGGCGCCAGUUCCCAGUGGUGCCCCCAAUGAUAUCAAUUGUGAGGUGGAUGUCAUCAAUUUACUGGCGGCACUAACUCGUCCACAAGGGAACCCAGAGGACGGGAAUGCUAAAUUCUCCUCCAUACCUGAUAACAAUCAGCUGGUCCAAAUUCUUAGUAAAAUAAAUUCAUUACCGGAAAUCUUAGCAGCCAGGCUACCUCAUUUGAAGACUACAAGUGGAAGUGUAUCCGAUCAUGCACAUUCUGGAAAUCAGAACCAAAUGAGUGCAAAUGCUUCUUCCCCAUCAACCAUGGACUUACUAGCUGGUCUUUCAGGUGCUCCUGGAAUGCCUUCUGAUGCCUUAGAAAUUCAAUCUCAGCCAAGCAAAGAUAAAAGUGAGUUUGAAAAGAGUAAAUCACCCGAUGUUGACAAUGCUGCACGUCUAGAUACACAAAAAGGAUCUGUUGUGGAGUUUCCCUCUGUUGUAGGUGAGUGGAGUAGUACAAGCUGCCAUCAUUCACCCAUGGAGGAAGUGGAUUGUCAUGUUCCAGAGACAUCACCAAGUCUGGAUUUACAGUUGUUUAGUUCCUCACCUGAAGAUAAUAGUUCAAGGAAGUUGCCGUUAAAUGCAAGCUAUCCUUCAUCAAACAGUAGUAAUCCUUCACAAGAUAUAUCACCCACAUCUUCACCACCUCUUGUGCGUGAUCUAUUCCCAAUGCAGACUUCGAGAGAAACAAUGAGGAGCAAUCAUUUUUCAAAUAGUGAAGAUGAACUUGCACGCGCAAAAUCAACCAUAAGCAACGGGUGCAGUACAUCACUUUGUCUUUUUGGUGGCUCAAUUCAGCCUGUUGAAAAUGCUUCGAUUCAAAGUUCCCCAUACCAAGCUGGUUAUACAUCUUCUUCCGGGAAUGAUCAUUCACCAUCCAGCCUGAAUUCUGAUGCUCAGGAUCGCACUGGCCGAAUCAUUUUCAAACUAUUUGACAAGGAUCCCAGCCAUUUGCCUGGCUCCUUACGGACUCAGAUAUUCAAUUGGCUUUCUAACAGUCCAUCAGAAAUGGAGAGCUUUAUCAGGCCUGGUUGCGUAGUCCUCUCUUUGUAUCUAUCAAUGCCAUUAUACGCCUGGGAUCACAUAGAAGAAAACCUUUUUGAUUGUGUCGGCUCUUUAGUAAAAGGUGUUGAUGUAAGCUUCUGGGGAAAUGGAAGAUUUUUGGUUUGCACUGAGAAACAAAUGGCUUCCCAUAAAGAUGGGAAAAUCCGUCUCUACAAAACUUGGAAAGGCUUUGCUAUGCCAGAACUGAUAUCAGUGUCUCCUGUUGCUGUUAUUUCUGGGGAAGAGACCUCUCUUGUAUUGAGGGGAAGAGGUUUGACAGCUCCAGGGACCAAAGUGCACUGCACACAUGCAGAUGGAUAUAAUAUUGAAGAAGUUAGAGCAUCAUCGUCCAAAGAUGCUGCACUUGAUGAAAUCAACUUGAGUAGCUUUAAGAUAGAUGGAACAACAAGUAACAUGCUUAGUCGCUGCUUUAUCGAGGUCGAAAAUAGUUUUAGAGGCACCACUUUCCCGGUAAUCAUAGCUGAUAAAACCAUCUGCCAUGAGUUGAGGCUCCUUGAGCCUCAUAUCAAUGGCAAUGCUCACGUUGAGAGUACAGGAAGGUCCUGGUCAAGGGAAGAAGUUGUGCAUUUCUUGGAUGAACUCGGAUGGCUGUUCCAGAGAAAGAGAAACUCUACAUUGUUCGUGGUCCCAGAUUACAGGCUUAGUCGGUUCAAAUUUCUUCUCAUAUUUGCUGUCGAGCACGACUUUUGUGCUUUGGUGAAAACUCUCCUGGACAUCCUACUAGAACUAAACAUGGGCAGGAAAGGGUUAGUAACGGAGUCUAUGUCAAUGCUAUGGGAAAUCCACCACUUGAACCGGGCAGUGAGAAGGAGGUGCCGAAGGAUGGUUGAUUUGCUUGUCCAUUACUCCGUUAUCGACCCUGAUGAUGCUUCUGAGAAGUACAUAUUCACACCUAAUUUAGCCGGACCUGGCGGUCUCACACCCUUGCAUUUGGCUGCGUCUGCAACUUCCUCAGAAGACUUGAUCGAUGCCCUAAUAAGCGAUCCUAUGGAGAUUGGGCUGCAGAGCUGGAAUUCUGCAUUGGAUGUGAACGGAUUAUCUCCAUAUGCGUACGCCCUGAUGAGGAACAAUCAUUCAUACAACGACCUCGUGGCUCGCAAAGUUGCAGAAACAAGAAACGUGGAGGUGUGUGUGGAGAUAGAAAAGGAGAGGAAGCCAUUGGAAGUCGAGGUGAAGAACGGGAGAUGCUCCAGAUGUGCAGUUGUAGGGUUUCGACUACAGAGCAAAAGGUAUAAAGGCUCGCAGGGAUUGCUCCAACAACCUUACAUCCAUUCGAUGCUCCUCGUUGCUGCUGUGUGUGUCUGCGUCUGCGUCUUCCUGAGAGGGCACCCUUAUGUUGGCUGCGUCGUUCCAUUCGCUUGGGAGAAUCUCGACUACGGCCCGCGUUAAGCCUGCUUCUUUUUUUUCCUUUUUCCUUUUUCCUUUUUCCUUUUUCCUUUUUCCUUUUUCCUUUCUUCCUUAACAUAUUUAUAAGUAAUGUACCUCUGAUAAAAUGAUCAUAUAGUGUUUAUUCAAUUCAUUAUUAGUAUUACUA